CCAACAUCUCGGGGAGAGGGUAAUCUCUGCGAAGCGUGAUGGCGAAAGUGCUGCUGCUAAUCGGUACGCUGGCUUGCGUUGCUUCGAUGCAGCGGUGCAGUGCGACGGAUCACCUGCCGCCCGAUCAACGCCAGCUAGAGGAGCUGUUUCCACUAACGAUCAUACACAUGAACGAUCUUCACGCGAGAUUUGCAGAAACCUCGGAACGAUCGUCCAAGUGCAAGGCGGCGGAGGAAGGCGACACCUGCAUUGCGGGCAUUGCGCGCGUAUUUCACACGGUGCAGGAGCUGAGAAAGCGCCACCGCAAUGCACUGUUCUUCAACGUGGGCGACAACUUCCAGGGUACGAUCUGGUACAACUAUCACCGGUGGCGGGUGGUGGCACGAUUCAUCAAGCUGCUGCAUCCAGAUGCGAUGACACUUGGCAAUCAUGAGUUCGAUGAUGGACUGAAGGGUUUGAGGCCGUACCUGAGCGCACUGGCAAAGAAAGACAUUCAAACGGUAGCGACGAACCUGAUCCGCUCUACGGAUCCAUUCCCAGCCUUGCCACGAUCCGUUACUAUCGAGCGAAAGGGACGAUCGAUUGGCAUUAUAGGUGUGAUUGCGGACAAAACGCAUGAACUUUCCAACACCGAAAGCAUCACGUUCUCCGACUCGGUGGCAGCGGUACGCGAAGAAGCAGCCGCCCUGAAGAAGCGGGACGUGAACAUCAUCCUCGUACUGUCGCACUGUGGCCUGGAGGUGGACAAGCGUAUCGCGCUGGAAGCGGGUGACGAUGUGGACGUAAUCAUUGGUGGCCAUUCGCAUUCGUUUCUGUUUCCGAACGCGUCCAGCAAACCGCACAACCAGCAAGACACCAUCCUGGGCGACUAUCCUGUGGUUGUGAGCAAUGCGAAUGGGCGAAAGAUUCUAAUUGUGCAAGCGUAUGCCUACGGUAAGUAUGUAGGCCGGUUGACGACGUACUUCGAUGCGCAAGGCGAAGUGCAACACUGGGAAGGGUUCCCCGUCUAUCUGUCCAACAGUGUGCCGCAAAGUCCGGUGGCACUGCGCAUUCUUGCACCGUACCGCAGACAGGUGGAAGCUUACGGUGCAACCAAGAUUGCCCAAACUACGGUCGAUCUGGUGCAGGCAACCUGUCGGCUGGGCGAGUGUAGUCUGGGAUGUUUGGUGGCGGAUGCCAUUGCCGAUUACUACACCAACCAUACCUUCCAUCCCGUAGCGAUCAUCAAUGCGGGAAACUUCCGAUCUCCAAUACCGAAAGGCGACAUCACGAAUGAAGAAGCGAUCGGUGCGAGCCCGUUCUCGAACACGGUCGAUCUGCUGACGCUGCGCGGUGACGCACUGUGGCAGCUCGUCGAGCACUCGCUCGUGUGGGACAGCGUGAAGCGGCUGAACGUGGCCCAGGUGGCGGGAAUGCGCGUGGUGGCCGAUCUCGAUCGUGCGCCGUACGGUCGGGUACUGUCGAUCGAUGUGCGCAACCUGAACGAUGGUGUAAGCUACGAACCGUUGAAUCGCACCGCAAGCUAUCGGGUGGUGACGAUGUCGUUCAUUGCCACCGGUAAGGAUGGAUUCCGGUGGGCGUUGGAGCGAUCGGAGCGGCAGAUCGGUCCGCUCGAUUCUGAUACGUUCAUCCAGUAUCUGAAGAAGCUGAAGGUGGUGAACGAAAGCAAUCUCGUCGGGGGGAGAAUGAUACUGAACGGUACGGUCAAAUCGUAGCAGUAAAGGUGUAAGGAAAAUUACCCUUCAAAAAGCAUUUGGAUUUUAGUGAAAAAAUCAUUUAUAAAAUGUAGAAAAAAAAAUCACAUAAAAAGCAGACUAAGGGAGUAUUUCUUCCAGCUAAAAAGCUGUACCAAGCGUCGCGAUUACAUCAUGCACGUGAACAGACACACAGCUGUAUAAAUAGCAAAUAAAUAUGCCGCAUUGUUUGAGUGGAGCAUUUCAAUAGAAGCUGGCCGUUUUGCUGCUAGCUCGGUAUUGCCGAUUAAAUCAACAUUUGUUCAGUAAAUUGCUGAUCGCGCUGUGGGAAAGCCGAUUGAGAAUUGAACAACAUC